AUGAUAGAAGAUGAUAAGGGGCUUAACUUCCUUUUUACCGGCACGAUCCCUCAACUACCCCGUGAUUUCACGAGUGGAGGUUACGGAACAAGGAUGAGUGUCUACCUCGAUCUAUUCGGCGGUUAUCACUCCGUCGGAAGAUCUCUAUCAGAAGUCCAUGAGGAUGGAAAAGCAUCCGCGAUGUCAAGUGGGGGGUUCUACUGCUAUCUUGAAUAUUUGCGAAAUCCAUUCCAGUCAGAUAUCCAGUGCGGCAUGAUUCACGUCGGGCGCGGCUCAAUUCAGCUCGAAGGUCGUAAUUAUAGCCGAGUCCACGAUGGUAACGACAAGCCGCUUGAGCGAAAGGCACCAAAGGCAAUUGCGAAACCGCGUGCUAGAGCUCUUGUGGAGGAAAACAUCUCGUUGAAAUGCUGGUACGAGCAAUGGGAUGAUUCAGCUCCUGAUUCUAUAUGGCACAUCAAUCCAGCAUUUCGCCUUGACCUUGGCUGGCAUGGCAACGAAGGCGCAUGGCCCGGAAUCAACAUGAAGAGGGAGAGUUUGGAUCCGAGGGCAAGCCUUUGA